AUGUUGCCCAAGGCCUGGCUCUCCGUUUUUGUCUUGACUGUCGCAUCGUCGGCCUUUACCCUCGAGGAUCUACACAUGGACGGCAUCAACCAGUACCUCCACCAGGGCAAGAGGCAAGACGCCGAAGGCACUGGCGGCUCAUCACCAUCCGCCACGCCCGCGCCAUCCUCAGCAGCACCACCAGCGUCUUCCGCCGCACCGCCUGCCACAUCGUCGGCCGCACCUCCAGCAACAUCCGCGACUCCCGAGCCAGAACCCUCAACCACCAACAACCCACCGCCGUCCAACGAUCCCACAUCCGACGCUCCCGCACCCUCGACUACCGCUGCCGCACCCACUUCCGACGGCGGCAACAACAACAACAAUAAUAAUAACAACAACGACGCUUCAACAACCGCGGCAGGCACGAGUCGCACUGGUGGAGGUGGCGGCGCCGCUAACUCACCAACGGCCACCGAAGAUGGCAGCUCUUCCGUAAGAACGACCGCGAUUGUCAGGACUUCCGCUCUCUUCUCCACCUCGGUGUUCGAGUAUACCACGACUCUCGACACAACCCUGAGCGAUGGCAGAGUAACCAAAGCGACCUCGACAGGCACCAGCACUUCCGUCUCCUCCACCGGUGAAGCCGUCGUCACCGACCCGCCCACCGCACAAGCAGGUGACAGCGACAACGGCGGUGGCAUCAGUGACUCCAACAAGAAGGUUAUCGGAGGUGUAGUUGGUGGCGUUGGUGGAGCCCUACUCCUCGGUGGCAUCGCCCUCGUCUUCUGGCGCAUGAAGAAGCGCCAAGCACGUGUCCACGAAGACGACGACGACCUCAUGGCCGGCACUGGCUCAGCCCUCGGUGACAAGCCCCAGAACGGCACUGGUUCAUCGCCCUUCCAGUCGAACCUGGAGCAGUACCACAACCCAGGAGGACGCCCCAACGCAGCUGCCAACUUCUAG